GCAACAACAUCUGGCGGAGAGUCUUCUUCUGUUUCCUCUUGUUCUCUGUUUUGUUUUGUGAAGCUUUGAGGGAUUGUCCGGUUGAGGCGGAGGCCAUCUGGCCGCAGCUUUAUCAGGAUUCUACGCGGUGACCACCUGGUCGAUGACAAACAAUUGGUCUGUGUUUGUAACACGCUGAAAGAAUGAACUGAGUCUGUGCGUCUGAGCCUCGUCUGACUGACGUCCUUGUCCUUGGAACGUCUCAAUCUGAGUUAUAGCUGCCGAGGGACCGGAGGUUGUGUGUGUGUGUGUGUGUGUGUCCUGAGUUUGUCCCAUCAGCGCAACACAACAUGAGCGAAGGUCGAAAAUAUUUACAGGUCCACCCAACAUCUGGUUGAGAAGUAGGGCCGUGGUGGCUCCCGCUGCCGCAUGGAGUCCGUGCUGAGAGCCAGAAACUGGCUGAAGACGCCCGUCGGGAGGCUGGCGAGGUGGGUGUCAGAGGUGAAGGAGAGGAAGUUGUGUGCCAAACGCAGGAAGGGGAGGGGCAGGGAUCGGAGAGGACGAGGACGAUGCGGCCGGUUUGGGAGGACCCCUCCUCUCCGAACAGCGCAGCCCAAAGACCCGUCAAUCAUCUGCUCGUACCAGAAGGACCUGGAGAAGGAGAGAAAGCUCCGGGAAGCAAAGAACGCUCAGAAGAACGCAGAGAGAGCCGCUAUGAGAGCUCACUUCAGGAGAAAAUAUCACCUGUCCGAGAGCACCAGGGACACAAACCACCUGAAAUCUGUUGGAGGAAAAGUGUCUCUCCCCCGCAAGCUGUCGAAGAUCAUUCAUUCUAAUUCCCAAACUAAGGACAGCGGCUUUAACCUGCUGAGCGCCUUCCAAGGCCUCGGCUUUGGCACGGCGGAGCUCCAAGGAGGGAAACGCAGCAAGACGUCCCCUCCUGCACCAGCAGCCUGCAGAGUCCAGUGUCCAUCAGAGCGAUGGAGCAGAUUCAAGGAUGUGAGGUUGAGGAUGGAGGAGGGAAAUAAUCGGUCACAACUGUGGUCGGGGGCCGACGGGACGCAUCUCGCUGGGACCAUGAGGAGCAUGUACAUCCCAGUGACGGUGUGUGUCCGAGCGCAGGGCCCAAGGAACGCGCUCUGCGCCGCCGCACCGCAGAGAUCUUUUUGCGUGGCGGUGGCGCCGGGGAAGCUGGAGGGGGGAAAGGGGCCCGAGAGGCCAGGAGGCCGGCAGAGAGGCGCGGACGGACGGGUGCGGAGCUUCCAGGAGAUCCCUCACACGGGGAGGAGCGGCCUGAUCAACCUGGUGAAGUUCUGGAGAGAAGACCGCUUCCGGCAGAUCCACAAGCACAUGGAGAGGACCUUCGACGCCCUCGGCCCCAUCUACAGGGAGCACGUGGGCACCCACAGCAGCGUGAACAUCAUGUUGCCGCAGGACAUAGCCGAGCUGUUUCGCUCCGAGGGCCUGCACCCCCGACGCAUGACCCUGCAGCCCUGGGCAACGCACCGGGAGACGCGGCAGCACAGCAAGGGGGUUUUCCUGAAGAACGGCGAGGAGUGGCGAGCUGACCGCCUCCUGCUCAACAAGGAGGUGAUGAUGAGUGCCCCCGUGCAGCGGUUUCUCCCCCUGCUCGAUGAGGUCGCCAUGGAUUUCUGCCGAAUGCUGCGGGCGAGAGUGGAGAAGGAGGGGAGAGGCGAGGAGGGAAAGCGCAGUCUGACCCUGGACCCCAGUCCUGACCUCUUCCGCUUCGCGCUAGAAGCCAGUUGCCAUGUGAUCUACGGGGAGCGUAUCGGCCUCUUCUCCUCAUCUCCCUCCAUGGAGUCCCAGAAGUUCAUCUGGGCCGUGGAGCGAAUGCUGGCUACGACCCCUCCUCUCCUCUACCUGCCCCCUCGCCUGAUGCUCCUCGUGGGCGCCCCCCUGUGGACGCAGCACGCCAGCGCAUGGGACCACAUCUUCAGCCACGCCGAGGCGAGGAUCCAGAAGGGGUACCAGCGGCUGUCCUCCUCGCAGGCUGGAGGGUCCGAGGCCGGAGGCCGGUACACCGGAGUUCUGGGCCAACUCAUGGAAAAAGGGCAGCUAUCUUUAGACCUCAUCAAAGCCAACGUCACUGAGCUGAUGGCUGGAGGGGUCGACACGACAGCGGUGCCCCUGCAGUUUGCCCUGUUUGAGCUGGGCCGUAACCCCGAGGUGCAGGAGAGGGUGAGGCAGCAGGUGAAGACGUCAUGGGCACAAGCUGGUGGUGAUUCUCUGAAAGCCCUUCAGGGGGCGCCGCUGCUAAAAGGCACAAUCAAGGAGAUUCUCAGGUUAUAUCCGGUGGGAACCACAGUGCAGCGGUACCCGAUCAAAGACAUUGUUCUUCAGAAUUACCACAUUCCUGCUGGGACGAUGGUGCAGGCCUGUCUUUACCCCCUGGGGAGGAGUGCAGAGGUGUUUAAGGAUCCACAGCGCUUCGACCCGGGCCGGUGGGGCGGCGCCAGACAGGAGGGCCAGAGUGCCGGAGGGUUCCGCUCCCUGGCGUUCGGCUUUGGGGCGAGGCAGUGCGUCGGGAGGAGGAUCGCUGAGAACGAGAUGCAGCUCCUGCUCAUGCAUAUCCUGCGGAGCUUCCAUCUCAGCGUGUUGUCCUCAGAGGACCUCAAAACCACAUGCACCCUCAUCCUCCAGCCCGAGACUCCUCCGAGGAUCACUUUCAGAAAACUCUGAUAUACACACACGUGCACACAGCGAGACAUGCCAUCAACAAUGUGACAUGUUUUCAUUAUUAGGCUACAAUGCAAUACAAUGUGUUACUAUACAAUGCAGCGUAGCCUGUUUUAAUAUCCCAGUUUAAAACCGUAUUCUCAUGAUACUCACUGAAGC